UUUACCGAGGAGCCGGUGUCCGGGUCCGAACUCCUAGUGUCGCGCGCCCUCCGGGCCGGUGUGGCACCGCCAUGAAGCUGCUGACGGCUGCUGCCGCUCGCGCGGCUCGGAGCUGGCCGGGAAGGCUGGCUCCGUGGCAGGGCCGUCGAUGUCAGUCUUCGGCUGUGAUCCCCAACGAGAAGAUCCGCAACAUCGGCAUCUCUGCGCACAUCGACUCAGGGAAGACCACGCUGACCGAACGUGUUCUCUACUACACUGGCCGCAUCGCCCAGAUGCACGAGGUGAAAGGGAAGGACGGAGUGGGUGCUGUCAUGGACUCCAUGGAACUGGAGCGGCAGAGAGGAAUCACCAUCCAGUCUGCUGCCACCUACACCAUGUGGAAGGGAGUUAACAUCAACAUCAUUGACACCCCAGGCCAUGUGGACUUCACCAUUGAAGUGGAGCGCGCCCUCCGGGUGCUGGACGGGGCCAUCCUGGUGCUGUGUGCCGUGGGCGGGGUGCAGUGCCAGACCAUGACUGUCAACCGCCAGAUGAAGCGCUAUGAUGUGCCCUUUGUGACUUUCAUCAAUAAGCUGGAUCGCUCUGGCUCCAACCCAACUCGGGCCCUACAGCAGAUGAGGUCAAAGCUCAGCCACAACGCUGCAUUUCUGCAGCUCCCCAUCGGCCUGGAGGGCGCCUUCAAGGGCCUGAUCGAUCUUGUGGAAGAACGUGCCAUCUACUUUGAUGGAGACUUUGGUCAGGUGGUCCGAUAUGAGGAUAUCCCAGCUGACUUCCGGGCUGCAGCAGCUGACCAUCGGCAGGAACUCAUCGAGUGUGUUGCCAACUCUGAUGAACAGCUUGGGGAGAUGUUCCUGGAAGAGAAAGUUCCGUCAGUCUCUGAGUUAAAGCUUGCUAUCCGGAGAGCUACUCUAAAGAGGUCAUUUACCCCUGUCUUUCUGGGAAGUGCCUUGAAAAACAAAGGUGUCCAGCCUCUUCUAGAUGCUGUUCUAGAAUACCUCCCAAACCCAUCCGAGGUCCAGAAUUAUGCUAUUCUUAAUCACGAAGACGCCUCCAAGGAGAAGACGAGGAUCUUGAUGAGCUCUCAGCGAGACAGCUCGCACCCAUUCGUCGGCCUUGCCUUUAAACUGGAGGCAGGUCGAUUUGGCCAGUUGACCUACGUACGCAAUUACCAAGGCGAGCUGAAAAAGGGUGACACCAUAUACAAUACACGGACGGGCAAGAAAGUGCGUGUGCAGCGGCUGGUGCGCAUGCACGCUGACGCCAUGGAGGACGUGGAGGAAGUGUUUGCAGGUGACAUCUGUGCUUUGUUUGGCAUUGACUGUGCCAGCGGAGACUCGUUCACCAGCAGAGACAGCAGUGGCCUGUCCAUGGAGUCCAUCCAUGUGCCGGACCCCGUUAUCUCCAUAGCCAUGAAGCCAGCUAACAAGAACGAUCUGGAAAAAUUUUCAAAAGGUAUUGGCAGAUUCACAAGAGAAGACCCCACCUUUAGAGUCCACUUUGACACCGAGAGCAAAGAGACCAUCGUAUCCGGGAUGGGGGAGUUACACCUGGAGAUCUAUGCUCAGCGGAUGGAGAGAGAGUACGGCUGUCCCUGUGUCACCGGAAAGCCCAAGGUGGCCUUCAGAGAGACCAUCGCCUCCCCCGUCCCGUUUGAAUUUACACAUAAAAAGCAGUCAGGUGGUGCAGGCCAGUUUGGGAAAGUAAUUGGUGUCCUGGAGCCCCUAGACCCGGAGAACUACACCAAGCUGGAGUUUUCUGACGAGACGUUUGGAGGCAAUGUCCCGAAGCACUUUGUGCCAGCCGUGGAGAAGGGCUUCCUGGACGCAUGCGAGAAGGGCCCUCUGUCUGGCCACAAGCUCUCUGGGCUCCGGUUUGUCCUGCAGGAUGGAGCACACCACAUGGUUGAUUCCAACGAGAUCUCAUUCAUCCGGGCUGGAGAAGGUGCCCUCAAACAAGCGCUUGCAAAUGCAGCCUUGUAUAUCCUGGAGCCUAUCAUGUCUGUGGAAGUCGUGGCCCCCAAUGAGUUCCAGGGGGUGGUGAUUGCAGGAAUCAAUCGACGCCAUGGGGUGAUCACGGGACAGGAUGGGGUUGAGGACUAUUUCACACUUUAUGCUGAGGUCCCUCUCAAUGAUAUGUUUGGUUACUCCACGGAGCUCAGAUCCUGCACAGAGGGAAAGGGGGAGUACACGAUGGAGUAUUCCAGGUACCAGCAGUGCUCCCCAAGCACCCAGGAGGAGCUCAUCAAUAAGUAUCUGGAAGCCACAGGCCAACUCCCUGCCAAGAAAGGCAAGGCCAAGAGCUGAGCUGGGACCUUGCUGUUCAUCAGCUUCUUUACCAGGACCCAGCAAGAGCCUUGAUUGUUCACCUGCCUCUACAGAACCGACUGAUUUUAUAGAAACUGCAAAAACCUACCUGUGACUACUGCCGGCAUAUAUAUAUAAUGAAAUAUAUAUAUAAAAUGAAAUAUAAAUAUGUAUAUAUAUACACACACAC